AUGGCGACCGCGCUGCCAAAUCUGGCGCGGCAGGGUGGCUGUGAAUGCCCUAAUUUGUAUUUGUAUUUGUUAUUGUUAUUGUUAUUGUUAUUGUUAUUGUUAUUGUUAUUGUUAUUGUUAUUGUUAUUGUUAUUGUUAUUGUUAUUGUUAUUGUUAUUGUUAUUGUUAUUGUUAUUGUUAUUGUUAUUGUUAUUGUUAUUGUUAUUGUUAUUGUUAUUGUUACGCGCUUUUCCUGCCGGAGGCAAGACGAACACUUGCCUGUUUUGGCCGGUGCCGGAUCCGGCGGCUUUCCCCGUCCUGGCGAGCAGCACAGCCGCGGCCGCACCCAUCUCGAUCGGGUCGCCCAGCGGCGUUCCCGUCCCGUGCAUGUGCAGAGCAUUCACCUGGCAGGGUUAUAAUCACAGAGUCAUAAUCCCAGAGUUGUAA